ACUUUCAGUUGCGCGCACAGUGGUCAGAACUGAUCUGAAGCUAGUUGUUCGGUGAAGUAGGCGACUUGAUUUCUGCUAUGACUAACUUUGAUCACAAGCAAUAAAUAGCCUACAACUCGUGGUCGCUGACAGUCUAUGGAAAAUGUACGUAUACAAUGCGGUAUGAGUGAAGCGAAGUAGACUACUAGACUACAAGAACAAGCAUUCAUGGCUGCCGAUGAGUCAACAGUGAUUGUAACUUUAACUGAAGUCCAAGGUCGCUUCUAGGCUACAAAUGGGUUCCAUGUUUGAUCUGAGCGCUGCUGUAAGACUCUAUUUGCUGUCUUGUUUCGUUGUAUCUGUGGACAUCACUUUAGGCUUGGGACAAAGCCAAGAUACUGAAUUCACGUUUCAACUCCCUGCGGGUAGAACAGAAUGUUUCUACCAAACAGCUACGAAGAACGGAAGCCUGGAAGUAGAAUACCAGGUGAUUGCAGGUGCAGGCCUGGAUGUGGGCUUCACCCUGAUCUCCCCCAGCGGAUACAAGCUGGCCUCUGAGUUCAGGACAUCUGACGGCAUCCACACGGUGGAGCCUACAGAGGACGGAGACUACCGGCUGUGUUUUGACAACAGCUUCAGUAAGCUUUCUGAGAAGAUGGUGUUCUUCGAGGUGAUUGUUGAGGGCCAGCCUGGGGACGCCUGGGGCGACGAAGAGUGGGCUGACAUGGCCGAGCCAGAGAGCAUGGUGGAGUACAAACUGGAAGACAUCAGGGAGACCAUGGACUCAGUGCACAGGCACCUGGAGCGGAGCCGCCAGCUUCAGACCAUGCUGAGGGCCUUCGAGGCCCGGGACCGCUACCUACUGGAGGACAACCUGUGGAGGGUCUCCUUCUGGUCCUCCAUGAGCCUCCUGGUCAUCCUGACCGUGGCCGUCACACAGGUCUACACCCUCCGACGCCUCUUCGACGACAAGAGGGUCUGCAAACCCUAGUGUCCAGUGGUAUCUUCCACCACCCCCACACUCUUCCCAGUGGUAUCUUCCACAAUCCCCAUACCAUUCUCAGUGGUAAUUUCCAGCAGACUCACACCCUUCCCAGUGGUAUCUUCCACCACCCCCACAUCAUGCCCAGUGAUAUCUUCCAGCAGACCCACACACGGCCCAAUGGUAUCUUCCACCACCCCCACACCCUUCCCAGUGGUAUCUUCCAUCACCCCCACACCCUUCCCAGUGGUAUCUUCCACCACCCCCACACCCUUCCAGGUGGUAUCUUCCACCACCCCCACAUCCUUCCCAGUGGUAUCUUCCACCACCCCCACACCCUUCCCGGUGGUAUCUUCCACCACCCCCUUCCCAGUGGUAUCUUCCGCAAAGAUGCCAUAGAAGGGUGUUGGGACUAACAGGAACCUACUGUAAAGUAAUGGUCUCAGAUAUUGAAGAAGAGAGAUAGACUAUUGACAACAGUGAUGUGUGGUAAAUGAGGGACUGUUAGUAAGGAUUUAGUGAUGUUUGUGUGUGAUGAGCUUGAUUCAGCUUUUGAGUGGCAGAAAAGUGCAUGUUUGUAUGUGAGUCAUAAACACUGUAUGUUUUGACAAUUUAGUGUCAAUCUAUCAAACAAGAUAUCAAUGCAAUAGAUCAUGUGGUUGUAUGUUUUUAACAUGGGAUCUUAAGUGACUUUACAAAUAGAAUUUAUUUAAUGCCAUGGUUAUAACACAACUACAACAAAAUAAACACACAAAAAAAAACA